AUGAGUGCAAUCAGGGAAGAGGCCAAUGAGCCUAUCCAGGUCCUCAUUACCAUGCACGAAAACAUGAACCUCCUUGAUUUCGCUGGCCCGCUCGAGGUCCUCACCCACGCUCAGUACGAUCCCAACGAUCCAGAAACCAAAGCCUUUGAUGUCACCUUUGCCGGCCCCUCUGAGAAUGUUCUCACCGCACAAGGUGUCACCUUGACCGCCCACAUCUCCUACAAAGAGGCCCACAAGCGUUUGAAGGAGUUCGACCUCGUGGUCGUCCCAGGUGGAAAGGCAAUGGACAUCUUGAAAGAGCAGGCGGAACCUACAAAGCUGGUCAAAGCCUACUCGGAGGUGCAGGCUGCCGACCCAGCGAGAGAAAGAACCCUCCUCGCAGUCGACACUGCCGCGCUCUUCCUUGCCCAGCAAGGCUUGCUCCAAGGUCUCGGUGCCACCAUCCAUCCCGACUACUACAUCAAGUUGGAGAAAGAGUGCCAGGACGCUGCAGCCCGAGACAUGGGCGAGCGUACCGACGUCAUGGAGGAACGAUACGUCGUGAACAAUGCCCGUUUCGAUCUCGGCGAGGAUAUUGAGGAAAACCCCUACGUCUUCAAGAAGGGCCGCAAGGGCUCCAACGCUCGCAAGGGCAGUCUUGCACGCCGAGAAUCCAAUGCCCGAUACGAGAAUCUUGUCCGUCGUAAGAGUUUGAAACUCGGUGGCAUGCGCGUCAUCACAAGCGGGGGAGCCGUGAGUGGGAUCGAUGCCAGUUUGUAUCUGGUCAGCGCCCUUGUGAGCCUCGAGACUGCUCAAGAGGUUGCUCGCCUCCUGCAGUACACCUGGGUCAAGGGCGUCGUUGUUGAUGCCAUCGACGUUUAG